AUGGAAAUACAUGUAAAUCCACCUUUACCAACAGAAACUAUUUUUAUUAACCUUAAUCUCGAUGAAGCCAUUAACGACACACCCAAAUUUCGUGUAAAUGUUAGAAGGUUUGAGGAACAGGUUGAUCAUUUUGAAAAAUGGUUAGAACUUUAUUUAAAAUCAUUAAAACAUUUUAUAGAAGAGUCUAUCAAAUUUAUUGAGGCGAGUAAUGUUUUGGCCAAACGUUCAAUACCUUCUUCAUCAGAAGAUGCAUUAUUAGAUCACGAUUUCACACUUCCUGCAGCUAGAAUCUUUGCAGAUACAUUUCAAACAACCUUAGCAUUUAAACAAAAAUUAAAUGGAACGUUAGAACACACUGAUUGUCACAAUCCUAGAGUUUAUGCCUUAUUUACUCCACGUGUAAAAGAUGCAGUAGUCAGUACUACAUGA